AUGUCCGCGGUCACUCCCGAGAACGACGUGGCCAGUCUCAGCCUUAACGGCGAAGGCAAGGCACCCAAGAGCAACGGCGCGACAUCUACAAAUGGCACUUCUGGCGACUUAGAACCUGGCGACUCGGACGAUGAUGAGGCCGACGAAGGUGCUCAGCAAAAUGAGACAGGUGAGGGUGCAGCCAAGAAAAAGAAGAAGAGGAAGCCGCGGAAGAAGAAGAAGGCAGGCGUGAGUGGUGCAUUAGGAGGAGGAGCGAAAGCACAGACUGGUCCACCACGAACGCCAGUCGCACAACUAUUUCCAGAUGGCUCAUAUCCUGUAGGCGAGGAAGUCGAGUACAAGGGUAACAACGCUUUCCGAACGACCUCCGAGGAGAAGAGACAUUUGGACCGCAUGAACGAGGACUUUUUGACGGAGUACCGACAAGCUGCUGAAGUGCAUCGCGAAGUACGAAAGUAUGCGAAGGCAAACAUCAAGCCUGGCAUGACCUUGACCGAGAUCGCGGAGAUGAUCGAAGAUGGGACCAGGCAUCUUACCGGACACAUGGGUCUUGAAGAAGGCGAUAAUAUCUUGGGCGGCGUGGCCUUUCCCACAGGCUUGAGCAUAAAUCAGUGCGCCGCGCAUUACACACCAAACGCUGGCAACAAGACGGUGCUCAAGCAGGAGGAUGUCAUGAAGGUCGACUUCGGUGUGCACGUCAAUGGGCGCAUUGUUGAUUCAGCUUUCACAAUGGCGUUCGAUCCACAAUACGACAACCUCUUAGCAGCCGUCAAGGACGCAACCAACACUGGUAUUCGUGAAGCUGGCAUUGAUGCUCGCUUCGGCGAGAUUGGCGGGGCCAUACAGGAAGCCAUGGAAAGCUACGAAGUCGAGAUCAACGGUCAGACGUACCCGGUCAAAGCCAUCCGGAAUUUGAAUGGCCACACUAUCAGUCAGUAUAGUAUCCACGGAGGCUCUGCUGGCAAGAGCGUGCCCAUUGUCAAAGGAGGUAGCAAUGAGAAGAUGGAAGAGGGCGAGACCUACGCCAUCGAGACCUUUGGCUCGACCGGCAAAGGUAUCGUCCGCGACGACAUGGAAACCUCACACUACGCCAAGAUCGCAGACGCACCGAAAGUCGCGCUUCGGGUCGCGAGUGCGAAGACCUUGUUACGAAGCAUUGAGAAAAAUUUCGGAACUCUGCCAUUUUGUAGACGAUAUCUGGAUCGUCUGGGUCAUGACAAGUAUCUCCUUGGCUUGAAUAAUCUGGUUCAGAGUGGGAUAUUGCAGGAUUAUCCUCCGCUGUGUGAUAUCAAGGGCAGUUACACAGCGCAGUAUGAGCAUACGAUUUUACUACGACCUAAUGUGAAGGAGGUGAUUAGUCGGGGUGAUGAUUAUUAG